CACCGAUUUGAAACUGAGAAGCGCAGCGCAGGUAAUUUGCAAGUGCAUCGAUUUUAAUUUGCACCAUAACCCUGUGUCUCGAAAGGGAAAGGCAAAAUCUUCGGACCUCGUAUUUUUCACAUAAUUCACUGUUUCAACAUUCGACGCCUGUGACGAUAUGUGCCGAUUACUGUGAUAUUUAAAUGUUAAAGAUGUAUUUUCUUUAUUUUUUAUUUAAUUCAUUAAUAUUUUAAGUGUGUAAUAAUUCGUGAGUGCCAAAUAAUUUGCAUAUGCUUUCAUCUACUGGUUUUUGAUUCCGUUAAUAAAGAUGUCGAAAUUCAUCAUAUUUUAUCUAUGUGUUCUAAUUCACAAUGCUAAUCUGAUGGAUGUGACAUAUUACGAAAUAUUGGGGGUAUCUAAACAAGCCGCUACACAAGAGAUAAAGCAAGCAUACAAAAAGCUAGCUGUUAAAUACCAUCCUGAUAAAAACUCCGAUGAAACAACACAAGAGAAAUUCCUAAAAAUAACUGAGGCAUAUGAAACAUUGAAGGAUCCUGAGAAAAGACGGAAAUAUGAUGUUUAUGGUUCACAUGCAGCAUACACAAAGAAAUAUGAUCAUCAAACACAAUCUGAAUAUGACAAUCUCUUCAAAAAUGGAUUGUAUCAUAAUGAUCCUUAUGUGGUUUCCCUCAGUAGUACUAAUUUUUUUAGUUAUCUAUCAGGUGGCUUACAUUUUAUAAAUUUCUACUCACCGUUUUGUCCGCCGUGUCACCGUUUAGUGGACCAUUGGAAAAGAUUUGCUGAAACGUAUCAAGGAAUCGUGAAAGUUUCCGCAGUUAACUGCAAAUACCACAAAUCAUUUUGCAUAAACACAAUGAGUAUUGGCAGCCAUCCUACAUUGGUAUUUUUUCUCAAUGGUGUGCAUGGUAAUUUUAUUCAUUAUGAAGGGGAGGACACAUUUGAUGGGCUCGAAAAGUUCAUGAUGAAAUAUCUAAAAAACAAAAUACAUGUGCCAAUUAUAAGUCAACUGCGAAGUUUAGAAAAACCUGUUGCAUAUGUUCUUGAUACUAAUGUUAUUGAAGACCGUGCAUUGACCAGAAUCGCUUACCGUUUGAAAGGAUUAGUAACCGUAGUUAUGAUAGACGAUGAAGACUUACGUGAUGAUUUAUCAGAGGACCCUGAUGUAACCGUUGUGUUUCAAUAUAAAAAUAUUUACGUUGAAAUAUCAAGCACUGACGAGAAGACAAUCAUAAAACAGAUUGCUCAAUCUUUACCAGUAGGGGAGAUAGAUCCUGAAAAAUUUAAGAAUAUAAGAAACAAACUGCGUAGCUGUGGAAAAAAGUCUUGGGUGAUUUACUUUCCCAGCAAGGAUGAUGACAAUUUGCUUCUACAUCAAUUUAAAAUCAAAUUCCCUGACUUAAACUUCGGCACAAUCGAUUGUAUAUCGCAAGAAGAGUUGUGCGCGUCUCUACAAAUAGAGUCAACGCCGUGUUGGGCGCUGUUAAAGGGCGGCGGCGCGUACCAGCGCUCGUGCACGCAUCCAGAGACCUUCAUACAGAACUCCGCGGACGCCUACAAUCUCCAUACAUUAUCCACAGCUGAAAUCCAGAAGAUAAUGGACGGUCGUGCGGGUACGUGGGUGUUGCUAGUUGUACCGCACAACGCCUCUUGGGAACACCUCGCUAAGCCCUUCACUGAUGCCAGCAAAUAUUACCUCGACAAGUAUAUCAAUUUCGGAAUAAUGGAGUGCAGUUUGCAAACGGCGCGGUACUGCGGCGCGGGGCAGGGGCGGCCCGCCGUGCUGCUGCAGCAGGGCGCCGACACGCACCUCUACAAGGGAGAACUGAAUACCGAAAAUCUUGCCGACUUCAUACAACUUAUCAAAGAUAGUGGCAGUACUCCACUACCACCACCACCUGAAUCCGCCAAAAUGUACCUGCCCGCGGACUGCGGCCAGCCCUGCCGCGACCUGCAGCACCAGUGGCGCAUCAUCGCUAGGAGGCUGCGUCCGCUGCAAGACUUACGUGUGGGCGUGCUGCAGUGCGCGGAGCCGCGCGCGCUCUGCGCCAACGUGCGCGCGCCCAGCGCCAGGCUCUACCUCGUCAACAACAAACAACAUUACACGUUAAACCUGCAGCAGAAGUCUGAGGCGCCGUACAUCCUGGAGUGGGUGCUGGACCACCUGGACAAGUCAGUGACCAAGCUGACCUGGCACUCCUUCGCCAACCAGGUGUUGGCACAUGACUUCGACCCUCAGAUGUACAAGCGGCCGUGGCUGGUGUACUUCCAAUCUCCGCAGUGUUACCACUGCUUAGAGAAAUACCCCGAUUUCGCGCUCGCCUCUAUAUUUAUGGGUAAAGUGGUGAACUUUGGUAAAGUGAAUUGUGCGAGCGAGCGCAACCUGUGCCAGCAGGAGCACAUCACGAGCCAGCCUACUCUCAGGUUAUACAUCAGGAGCCAGCAAGGGUACAAAUCGGUGUCUCUGGACCUCGACGACUACAACACCCUCAUGGACGAGGUCAGACCCUACCUGCCCAGUUCUAACCUUGAUGGUCUUCUCGCCAGUCUAUACCUCUCAACAGAAAAGAUGCUUUUCAAACAUGAUGAGUUGUAAUUUUAUAGCAAAAUUAAUCAUACUAAUAUUAUUAAUGCGAAAGCCUAGAUAGAUGUUAGAAUCUGUAGUCUAAACGGCUAAAUGAAUUUCGAUUAAAUUCAUAUUUAAUAGUCUGGAAGUAUUCUUAAGUAAGUAUUCUUUAAUAAGUAGCCUAUGUAUUCAUAGGCUACUUAUUAAUUUCACGCGGGUGCAGUCACGGACGAAAGCUAGUAUUAUUAUAAUUGUAUUGGAAAAACUGGGCAUCACCAGAAUAGACAUUGUCAAGUAUUAAAUGUCUAUGUAAGCACAGAUACUGGCCCACUGUGCCCCACAAUUUUCAUGUAUAAAAGAAUCAAAAAAAUCGAAUAGUUAUGUAAAGAACCAUUCGUUUUAUCUCAGAUUUUUCAGUAAGUGUGAAA